AUGUCGUGGAAGAGGAACUAUUUUGCGUCGGGCGGCGGAGCAGCAGGUGCGGCGCAGGGGCUGGUGACCCCGAGAACCAUGACCUCUAUUGCACCCAGCAAAGGCCUGAGCAACGAGCCGGGACAGAACAGCUGCUUCCUCAACAGCGCUCUGCAGGUUCUGUGGCAUCUCGACAUCUUUCGCCGAAGCUUUCGACAGCUGACAACACACAAGUGCAUGGAGGACUCGUGCAUCUUCUGCGCUUUAAAGAGUAUCUUUGCUCAGUUCCAGUUCAGCAGUGAGCGUGUGCUGCCAUCAGAUGCACUGCGGAGCGCUCUGGCCAAGACUUUCCAAGACGAACAACGCUUUCAGCUGGGUAUCAUGGACGACGCUGCUGAGUGCUUCGAGAAUCUCCUGAUGCGUAUCCACUUCCACAUCAGCGCGGAGAGUCGAGAGGACAUCUGCACCGCCAAACACUGCAUACCACACCAGAAGUUUGCCAUGACUCUGUUCGAACAGUGUGUGUGUAACAGCUGUGGAGCCACAUCAGACCCCCUGCCCUUCAUUCAGAUGGUUCAUUACAUCUCCACUACAUCCCUCUGCAGUAACCAGGCGGUGAGGAUGCUGGAAUGCAGAGAGAAGGCCACACCGGACAUGUUUGGAGAACUGCUCCGCAAUGCCAGCAACAUGGGAGACCUGCGCAAUUGCCCUAGUAACUGUGGGGAGGUGCUGCGUAUCCGUCGGGUGCUGAUGAACUCACCGGAGAUUGUGUCCAUCGGGUUGGUGUGGGAUUCAGACCACUCUGACCUGGCGGAGGACGUCAUACACAGCCUGGGGACUUGCCUUCGUUUGGGAGAUUUGUUCUACCGUGUGACAGAGGAGAGGGCUCGCCAGGCGGAGCUCUAUUUGGUGGGCAUGGUGUGCUACUACGGCAAGCACUACUCCACCUUCUUCUUCCAGACCAAGAUACGCAAGUGGAUGUACUUCGACGACGCCCACGUCAAAGAGAUUGGCCCAAAGUGGAAGGACGUGGUGUCUCGCUGUAUCAAAGGCCACUAUCAGCCCCUGCUGCUGCUCUACGCUGACCCCCGUGGGACGCCGGUGAUACUGCAGGAGAGCCCCAACCCCUGUACCAGCUCCAACCCGCAGCUGGAGCUCCAGCACUGCAGCAGCAAGGCCGGUUACGACAGCGAAGACUCCGGUCGGGAGCCGUCCAUAUCCAGCGACACUCGCACUGACUCCUCGACGGAGAGCUCCAGUCACCGCGCCUCCCGCAGCCGGCCUCUCCACCAGUCCACAGGCAGUCACCUCUCCAGUGAAUCCCAGACCACAGUGGUCUGUAAUUACGACAUUGGCACACCACCACACAGUGCUGACGCCAGAGGUAAUGCUGAUUCAGCGGUGGAGGGUCCUCCCUGCCCCCCCUCUCCUCCCCUGCCGGAGUACAAGGAGACGGCUGUCUUCCUCCUCUCCUCCCGCCGGCCCCUGACCUCCUCCUCCUCCUCCUCUCGUCCCCUGUCCUCCUCCUCCUCGUCAGGAGUAGGGGGCUGUGAGAGUGGGGCAGGUGGCCCCCACUGGGAGGAUGAAAGCACCAGCAGUGAGAGCAAGUCCAGUUCUUCUGGAGGCCGCUACAGGCCAACCUGGAGGCCCAGGAGAGAGGCCCUGAACAUCGACAGCAUCUUCACCCGCCAGCGAGGCUCCUCUCUGGGCUACAACACGCUGCCUGGUCCCUCUCUCCGUCCAGAGCCCCACGACUCCCUCCCUUUGGCGGGACCCGCUCCACCCACCCUGCCAGGGCUGCAAGACGUAGAAGGGAGGGACAUCAGGGAGUUGGAGGUGGGAUUUGGGUUGGUCGGGCAGCCCAGGUGUCUGGGCAGCGGGCGGACCAUGGGUCCCCCUGCUCCUCCACCUCUGAGAGGGGUGGAUCACCAGCCGCGUCUGAUCCAGAGGAUGGAGAGUGGCUACGAGAGUAGUGAGAGGAACAGCAGCAGUCCAGACAGGGAGGUGGGGCAACAAAAACGGGCGCUUAUGUCGGGACCUUCAUGGCGUUCGGUGCCCAAGUCAAAGAGCAGCGGUGCCAUCCUGCAGGAGCUGCCCUCGCCCAGGUGGGGUAGGGUCACCAGCACAGGCUCAGGGCGCAGCGAGCUGGACGAGCUGCAAGAGGAGGUGGCGAGGAGAGCCCGCCAGCAGGAGCAGCAGAAGCGGAGGGAGGCCGAGCGGGAGGCCGCCAUGGGAUUCAACCCCAAACCCAGCAAAUUCAUGGACCUGGACCAGCUCCAACACCAGGCUGUGCUCAGACCCCUGCAUGAGGCUAACGCUCAUAGCGGAUUGGCUGUAGCUGCGUGCAUGAGGAGCACUGGGGGCCCAAUCAAACGCAGGCAGGAACAGGAAAUGGAACUGGAGGCAGGAAGGGCCCGUCCACAGGGGCCUCACAGUGAACAGCCUGGCCCGGUCCAAGUACUGCUGACGGCCAAUCAGGAGGAGGAAGAGGACCCGGCAGUGCCCAACCAGGAUGCUGCUCAGGGCCCGGACCCACCCCCUCCACCCUAUCGGCUACCUGCUCCCCCUCGACCCCCGUUCACCCUCAACAUCGCUCACCCUUGCGCCCCUUCCGGCCAAGGGGGGGAGGAGGAGGAGGAGGGUGGCGGAUGCGUGGGCAGGAGAAGGGAAGAAGAGGAGGAUGGGAUGGAGGGCACAGGGGUGAGGCUGUGUGAGUUGCUGCAGGCAGGGGGGGUGAGUGUCAGACCUCUGGGGAAGCACCUAGCCAUCUCUUUGCCCUCGCUUCCUCUGCGUCUCUGGGAUACACACGCCAUACACACCGCACACUCCACACACCUUGAACCCACACACACACCCCCUACCCCUCUGCCCUCCACUCCUCCCCCAUCCUCCCCUCUGGAAGCCUCUGGGCAAAGGAGACCUCCCGCGCCGCUGUGGCAGCCCCCCCGGCCCCAGUCCCCCACUGUCGCCUCUCAGCACUGGCUGAGGCACGGAGCCGCCUCCGACAGCGGCAUGCGCCAUUGGUCCUCCUGGAGCUUGGACCGCCCUGACGCCGUGGUAACGCCAUACAGCACGCCCCCGGACUGCUGCGUUCCAUUCAGGCCACAGGCGUCCAGCCAGAACUGCAGCUACAGUUGCCAGUCCUCUCCAGGGCACUACAGCUCCCAGCAUGCUCCGGGGCAAAACGGUGACCCGCGCUGUGACCACGAAGAGGCUGAGCUGUCUGAGCUUGACUCCCUUUACCAAGCCAGUCUGCAGGCCGGAAAGACAGGCUGCAGCCCAUCAGAGAGGCUCAUAUCCAGGGUGGGAGGACAGGCUCGCUCAAAGACCCCCAACGCGGACAUGGAGAGGAGUGUGUACGGGGCAGACUGCACCAGCACCCCCACCUACCUCAACAAGCCGAUGAUGUUACAGGAUCUGCGUUUAGGGGCGGAGCCGGAUGAUGGGGAAAAUCUGAGGCAAAUGGGACGCAGCCUGAGCGGCACUGUAGUGACCUCUCGCCGCAGCCGCCUGACUGCAACCCGCAGCUUUGAGCUGUCGAGCAAUGCAGGGAGUUUCUGGCUGUGUCUGACGGGGGUCAAGCUGUCGACUGACCAGAGUCCCGCUCUGCUUCACUAA